AUGGCUUCUGAGGACCAAGGUUUGCAGAACAGAGCUCUGGUGACCAGCUCAGGGAAAAGGAAGGAGAAACUCCGUCACAGUGUAGUGGCAAGGCCAGUCCACCUCAGCCCUGCAGUAUCUACAGAUACCAAUGGAACAGUGGCAGUUCCCAAGUGGAUACACAGUCACACACAGAGGCCUGGACAAAAGGUCAAGGACCUCCUUGGCCCUGAGAGAGAGGCAGCACUGAAAGCUAUACAGACAGGUGUGUAUGUGGGCUGGAGAUGUCCAGACUUGACCUGGGAUUGUUUUAGAGUGGGUGACUCCUCCAUGUGCUUCUGUGGACAUCACCUGUAUGAGCAUGGGAAAUACACAGGCUCCAGUGUGCGUGUGCCCUGCUUGGUCCCGUCCUGUAGCUGCGGGGCCUUUGCCUUCAUGCCGUCCCGUCCAGAAGAGGUGGGGGAGCCAUGGGUUAGAGGGAGACCUGGGUUUGACUCCCAGGUCUGGAGGGCCCUCUGUCGCUGCAAACACCCCCACCAGCAACACUCUCCCAGGGCAGGACACUCCUGCAGGGUGGGAGGAUGUCGCUGUGUUAUCUUCCAGUCCAGCUUCCUGUGUGCUUCAUGUGACCAGCACUGGGAGAAGCAUGAAACGUUCUUCGACACUGAGCAGUCCAGGAGAAAGCAGGGCCUGCCAUACGGAGGGGUGCGCACUUGA